AUGCUCACUGAAGUAAUGGCCAUAGAUUCAAAGGGUAAUUGUGAUAUUUCCAGAUCUCAACUUCACAUUCCUAUAUGGUGGUCACUUCAAUCUUAUGAUACUUCUUAUUAUGGUCUCAAUCCUGCCGUACUUGCCAAGGCUGCCAACGAAUACCUGAAAUACGCAAAAAGCGCUCAAGAAAUUGCCAGUGGUCUCCGACUUGGUCAAGAUGCUUUGAAUUGGAUGUCUAGGUCUACAACCAAUCAAGCUUCUAAAGAGAAACCCGAGACAUCACAAACAACCCCAAGUGGAUCUAAGAAGAAAGAAGAGCCAGAGCCAUUAAACAUUGAUAAGGAUUAG